AAGAGAAAGGAAACAAGGCAAUUAUUUAAAUGCCAACAGGAACAAAAGUAGUUAUUCAGAAUUGAACUCAGUUUUAUGCAGCACUGUUAGCAACACAGACUUUAUCAACUCUUCUAAUUAAGUGUUAUUUAGAAUUUAAAAGUCAAUGUGGUUGGAUUAGGGGAAUUGGAUGACAAACAAUCUUUACUUAAUGUGGAUAUGAUGUUAUCAGUUCAUUAUCUCUCUGAUGUUCUCUUAAUUCAGUGAAAGGAACAAACGCGAUUCUCUGGACCUGCUUGGGCCUGAGCUUGAUAGUUUCUUUGACAGUUUUCGUGUUGAUGUUCUUGCUAAGGAAGAUGAACUCAGAACCAUUAAAGGACGAAUUUAAAGACACAGGGUCGGCUCUGCAGAAUGAGGCAGAGGCUGACGUGGAGGAUAGCAGGACCGACGCUCAAGUUCUUCUUCCGAGAGGCCUGGAGUACACGGUGGAAGAAUGUACCUGUGAAGACUGCGUCAAGAGCAAACCAAAGGUCGAUUCUGACCAUUUCUUUCCACUGCCGGCCAUGGAGGAAGGCGCGACCAUUCUUGUCACCACGAAAACCAGUGACUACUGCAAUAGCCUGCCAGUUGCUGUUAGCGUCACAGAGAUGGAGAAAUCAAUUUAUACUAGAUAAUUCACCUUUUCGACUGGUGUAGAGCUACUUUGAAAAUCUUUUGUCAGAGGAAAGGAUGAUGCAUUAGAUCUCUUUAGGAUGACUAUACUCCCCAGUUGCUGGUAUAGCUUUUUAUCCUCUAAUUCUGGAAAAUCUUUAUGUUAGCUUUAUUUCUUGGUCUUAUUGUUGGGAGCUUGACUAUGGAAACUUCCUUGGUUUCAUGAUUAAAUUCUUGACUCACUGAAAAAAGGCACUGCAAUGUGUAGAUCCCACAGUCACAUAUUUCUAUGGCUUCUCUCCUAUACACGCAUAUAUGCAUUUCAGGAUAGACUGGAUUUUUCUCUUUAUCGUUAAAGGAAAGCAAGGUUAUCCUAUGUACUUCCAUAGCUAGGACAAGCCUGGAGUCAGCCACACUAAUUCAGUGUGUAAUGCAUGGGUGGUUCCUGACCUUGUGAGCUAGCGUCCAGCUUAACAGAGGCAUCAGGCAUUACUAUAAUCAUAUAAAUAAAUGUGCAAUUGCCAACUGUGAUACAGGUGAGCUAGGUAUCAUUUUCAGACCCCAAUGCAGGUAAUAAUAACGAUAGCUGACACUUAUGUAGCCUUACUAAUGAGCCAGGGAUUAUUCUAAGUGCUUUACGUGCACUAACUCAUUUAAUGCAUACAACAAACCACAAGGUAAGCAGACCAUUAUUAUCUCCACUUUACGGAUGAUGACAGAAACUAGUCAGAGCAAGAUAACAGAGCCAGGAUAUAAACCCAGACAUCCUGAUCUAUUCUUUUUUUCUCCUCACAUCAAUUUAAUUCCAUUUCUGAGUUCCCCAAUCUCUUUGGGCUCCAAUCUUUCUCAUUAUUGGGGAGGGUUCCCUUCCUGGGGUUAUGCAAAGGUCCUGGGGUGCUAUGAAAAGGCUUUGCAACAGGUGAUGCCCUCUGGUAAUCUGCUGACUUUGAUCAUUGUUAAGAUGCCCACUGGCACCACAGCACAGACCCUCGGGGUCCUGGUGCUCGGUGGCUUUUGUGUCAGGUUUGGGAUAUGGAGAACCUUGGUGGAAUCUUUUUACCCAUUUGGGGCCCAUCAUGGCUCCAUUCCAGGUCCUUAAGGGCCACAGGAGACAACACAGUAUAGUGGUUAAGGUAUUGGCUCUUGCAGCCAGACUGCCUGGGUUUGAAUCCUGGCCCUGCUCCUAGGAAGUACAGCCCUUGGGUGACUGUGAGAAAGUUACUUAACUACUCUAUGCCUCAGUUUCCCCAUCUAUAAAAUGGGGAUAAUAACAGUAUCUACUUAAAAGGUUAUUUUAAGGAUUAAGUGUAUGUGCAUAUAUGCACAUUUACAACCCUAUAUAUACUUUUUACUCUAAAAGUAUCUGGUUCAUGACAAGUACUGUGUGUCAGUUACAUUGUGGUAAUGAUUUUUAUUAGUCCGUUUGAGGGCUAGGCUCUCUGAGGACAGGCACACGCGUCUUUCCUGUUACAAGGCCUGAGAAUAUUGCUCCUAGCUUCUCACAGGCCCCCUUCUUCUCGCCUCACCCUCUGGUACAAUCUCCUCAAAGACUUCAGAUUUUUCAAAAGCCCAGAAGAGCUGUUGACGUUAGACUUUUGAUUCUUGGUCCUCCGGGCUAAAAUUCCAGGAAGAAUUACAAUACUUAAAGGGGGUGCCUGGUGGUAGAAAACCUAAAACACAAACUACGAUUUCAGUAACUUAUCCUGCCUCAAAUUCCAUGAAGAAAAGGCAGAGGAUGCUACGAGAAGGUAUAAAACAUUAUCCUCGUAAUAACUCCAUGGAGCAGGUCUGUGAUGCCUUACUAAAGGUUACAGCGGUAGCUGACCUAAAUCGAGGGUGCAGGGGCGGGGUUUGGACUCAGACACACUUUAACCAGAAUAAUUAACACCUGUAACGGAUAAUUUUGAAAAUGGGAAAAACAGCCCCACCAACCAAACACACAAGUAUUCUCAUUUUUACGUUCUCUCAUGGUCCCUUCACAUGGUCGUAUUUUUUUUUAAAGAUUGGCACCUGAGCUAACAACUGUUGCCAAUCUUCUUUUUUUUUUUUAUUCUUCUCUCCAAAGCCCCCCAGUACA